GACAGCGAAAGACGUCUUCUCAAAGCUGUUUAAAUGAGAAUGUCCCUGGCGCAAAGGGUACUACUGACAUGGCUCUUCACGUUACUCUUCCUGAUCAUGCUGGUGCUGAAGUUGGAUGAGAAGGCACCAUGGAACUGGUUCCUCAUUUUUAUUCCAGUCUGGAUAUUUGAUACCAUUCUGAUAGUUAUGUUAAUUGUAAAAAUGGCCGGGCGUUGCAAGUCCGGCUUCGACCCUCGCAAUGGCUCCCAAAACAUCAAGAAAAAAGCUUGGUAUCUCAUUGCGAUGCUCCUUAAAUUGGCCUUCUGCCUUGCCCUCUGCGCUAAGCUGCAGCGAUUUACGACCAUGAAACUGGCCUAUGUGUUUAUCCCUCUGUGGGCUUUGCUUAUUGGGGGUAUGGUUGAACUUGGAUAUAAUAUCUUCUACGUACGAAGAGACUAA